AUGAGAUGGCAUUGUAUGGAUGGGGGUAAUAGAAUUGUAUCUAUGUAUCUGACGACCCUGUAUUACACGAAGGAAAUAGUAGAUGAAAAGACAAGAGAGCAAGAAAAAGGAAAAACUUCCUUUCUAACAGACGCUUUACUUAACCUUAUAUAUAUCUUAUUUUUUUCAUCGAGCGUGUUCAAUUGGACAAGGUGCCACCUUUUCGACACUUCGGUUAUUAUGUUACACAGUUUUCAUGAGGAUGGCGCCUUGACUAACUUAAUUAGUCAUUUGCCAACCACCACAGUUCCCCAAUAUCGACAGCUUCACGUGCCAUUUGCCAUUUUGCGAUCAUGUGACCUCAAGAGAAAAAGCAAAAAAUAA